UGCUCCGUUGAUUGCAGUAAAUUACCAAAUGCGUCCUCUUCCAUUGUGCAUGCUCAUAUAGACAGGCUUACGAGCAUAUUUGAUCAUAUCACUCAUUUAUGCGAUAGAUUUCGUGUUUUUUUUUUUUUAUUUUCCCAUUGAUGCACCGCUGGUUUGGCUAAUAGAUCAGGCUCACAGCCAUGGUAGUAUUCGAUAGCCUAUCCAGUGUGCUUUAUCUGAACGUAGAACAUGGAGCCUCCGUGUCGUUUUAUAAGUGCUCCACGGUGUUAGGUGAUUACAACAGUAUAAUAUUGUUUUUCAACGCGUUAUCUCCGUUUUGCGAGUCGUACUGAAUUGGAUCCCGGGUGUGUGGAACACAGGGUUGGUUCUCUAGGCGGACUUUUGUCUGCACAGCCACCGGGCAGGAGAGAAGAGGAAAAGGCUCCCCUCCCCCCAGGUUCCGCGGAACAGGAACAACUUCUUUAGGAAGAAAAAAAAGUUGUUCAAGUUUGGAACGUCUUGGAGCAAGGGGUAGGCUACUUUUUCUGCUCGUUAUUGGACGCGAAUGAACCGCCGAGAUUUACUGGAGAAUAGUAGCCUAAGCAUUCUGGAUUCGAAGUUCUUUGGUGGAUCGUACUUUCGAAAACUGUUGUUUUGUGCAACGCUGGAUUUAAACAGAAGUUUCCUCGAUUGGAAGGCUUCGCUUUGGAUAAAAGGAACUCUGGUUGUGUAUUAAGUUACCUCUCUUGCGAAAGAGACUCGAUGGUAGCCUAGACAUAGGCGCCCAAUUUGGGUUGGGAUGUUGGUGAACUUUUUAAUAGCAAUGGAGGAUCUAAAUUUCAGUGUUUGGUCUGAAUUGAAAAAUCCUAUCGCAAGGGGUUUGUGAUUGGAUACCUUGACCGGCUCAUUCUGGGAUUUGUAGUUUUUUUUUUUUUUGUUAUACCCCCAAUCUUUAUUGCCCGCCUGUACGUUGGCUUACGUCACAAGUGUGGAGAAAGGUGAACUGUGGUGAUCAAGGGGACCGGUUGGCCAAUGCCACUGAUGAGGAGCAGAACAGACCGCCUUGGAGUUCAGGGGAUCAUUUGAGGCUUUGGGUCCUCUGCCAUCGUCCUUAUCCUACACACAGACAGACAGACAUGGCCACAGCAAUAUCCCGGUGACACAUGAAGAUGUGUGCCAAAGAGUUGUAAGAGCUCCUGAGGGAGACUCCAUACAUUCCUGCACACACCCACCCACACACACACACACCCCCACGCAUAUACAGUUUCACACACACAAACACAAAAACACACACACACACCCCACACACACACACACACAGACAUUCACUCACAGAAUAUGCUCGAGGUGCAAGAAGAGAGGCCAACAGCAGCCACGGCGACAGCAACGCACUUUGGCAAGAAGGAGCGGGAGCGCGCUCGGAAGGAGCGGGAGGAGGGGAAGGACGGGCGCAGCCUUGGCCCCGGCACCGGCGCGGGCCCCCGGACCGGCAGGGCCAAAUCCACGGGCCUCGCGGCGCACACGCACUCCCACGCGCACACCCACAGCCCGCACCAGCACUUAAGUCCACCGAUCGUUGCCCUGGGAUCUCCGUCAAUGCAUUCCAGCAACCCCAAAGUCAGAAACUCCCCGACAGCCAAUACUCAAAGCAGUCCCAAGUCCAAGCAGGAGGUGAUGGUCCGUUCGCCCCCUGUCAUGUCUCCUUCCAGUGCCGCGCAGAUGGACUCCAAACUGCCCAAUCAAGGAAAGCAAGGCGGCGCUGCGAGCCAAUCACAACCCUCCCCAUGUGACUCUAAAACGCUGGGUGGUUGCCACGGGCCCAAGGGGACGCCAGGCGGCGGACCCGGGCUGAAAAACGGCCAGGGCCUCAACGCCGGCUCCAAGGUGAAGUUAAAGCGGGAACGGAGCACGUCGCUGGAGUCGUUCGAGCAGCGUGACUCCGCUACACCCAACAACGACAGCGAGCCCAGAGAGGGGAGCCGGGUAAAGCGCGUGUGUGUGUCGGAGAGACGGCAGCCCUACAGCGGAGCAGACUGGUGCUCAGGGGGAGAGAGUGACGAGGACGAGCAGGGAUUCUAUAACUGCUCCUCUGGGGAUCUGAAGCCCCAGGAUCCCAGCUCCCACCCAGCCUCCAAUCCCGCCCUGAGUCGCUCCUCUACGCCUUCCCACAAUGCAAUGGGAGGCCAGAGCGCUACCAACGACCCCAGCAGCACCCACAAACCCAAAGUGGUGUAUGUUUUCACAACAGAGAUGGCUAACAAGGCUGCCGACGCUGUAGUGACAGGACAUGCUGAGAGCAUCAUUGCCUUCCACAUGAAGAACAUCUCCAACAAGGGAGAGAAGACCCACCUACUUGUGAAUAAUCAGACGGGACCCCUCCGGAAUGAAGGGAAGCCCCCACAAGGAUCAGGAGUCGGGCCCCAAGACCAGAACCUGCCACCCGGCACCAAACCUUCACAGCAGUCCUUCCAGCAGUCCCAGUCUUCAGUAGGCCAGGGGCCAAAGUCCGCUGGCCUCUCCCAAGAUGGAGCUCCAUCAACAGGCAUGGACAACAAGAGCCUACCAAGCAGCAGCCCUCGUAAUCCCACACCUCACGACCGAACGCCUGGCAGCCAGACCCCAUGCUCUCCAGGUGCCCAGCCAGGGUUCCCUCCGGUUGAUGGUUCUAAAGGGGGAGACCAGAAGCUUCUGCCCCAGGACAUAAUGCCCGGCAUGGCAGAGAACUCGAGCUCGGAGGGCCUGUCUCAGGAGCAACUGGAGCAUCGCGAACGCUCUUUGCAGACCCUUCGAGACAUCCAGCGCAUGCUAUUUCCCGAUGACAAAGAUAUGGCAGUCAUGGGACAGAACACCCCACCGGUGGGCCCCCAACCCCCAAAUCAUCCUGGAAUGAUGGAAGGGGGACCCAAAAAGCCAGAGCAGGGGCCUCUACAGGCCAUGAUGGCUCAGUCGCAGAGCCUGGGAAAACCUGGUGGACCAGGAGGUCGUCCAGAUGGACCCCCAUUUGGGCCGCCAGGUCCCCGCGACAUGCCCUUCUCUCCAGAUGACAUGGGGCCCAUGCCGCCUGGAGGACCAAUGAACUCCCACCCUGGCGGUCCAGGGGGAGAACAAGGGGAUCACUUGACCCCAGAGCAGCUUGCGUGGCUGAAGCUGCAGCAAGAGUUCUAUGAGGAGAAGAAACGCAAGCAGGAGCAGAUGCACAGAUCCAUGGGGGACCCCAUGAUUCUUCACGGCCCACGCGGUGCCAUGAUGCGUGCCCCUCCUCCGCCCUAUCAGAUGAAUCCCGGGGAAGUGUGGGGCCCUGGCGGGCCUGAGCCGUUUCCCGAUCAGAUGGGCAUGGGGCCUCGUGGAAUGCCACCCCACAUGCAGCGGAUGCCCGGCUUCCCUGGCAUGAUGAACCCAGACAUGGAGGGAGGGCCAAACCCCAUGCCUCGGCCAGGCAUGAACUGGCCUGAUGAUAUGCCCAAAAUGGGAGAUGGUCGAGGUUUCCCACCCGGACAGGGCAUGUUUGGAGGCCCUGGGGGACCAGGGGGCAGGGUCGAGAGGUUCCCAAACCCACAGGCAGUGCAGGAAGCCAUGUUUCAGCAGGGAAUGGGGGAGAAACCUGGAAUGGGAAUGCCACCAGGAAUGAUGAUGGACAGGAUGAUGGGACAUCCCAGACCUGGAAUGGACCCCACAAACGGCCAGGGAGGCAUGUUCCCACGGAUGCCCGGUGACCCUGGACCCAUGAGCCCAGCCUCAAGAAUGGAGUACAUGAAGGGGUUGGGGCGGGAGAUGGGUCCAGGCCCUGAAUUCGGCAUGGGUCCUGGGGUCAUGGGUGGUGGCCCAAAUGCAGCUAUGAUGGGGGCCAAGAUGAGGGAGGCAGGCAUGAGUAUGAGCCCCGAGGAGAUGAUGAAGAUGGGGAGAGGAGGUCCACCACCUGAAAACAUGGGUCCCCAGCAAAAGAUGCUUCAAGGGCAUCCUUUUCCUGACCAGCCCGGUGACUUCAACAUGGGUCCAAACCGGCACUACCCAGGUCAGCAGCCUCAGGGCCCUGGCAAUAUGCGAGGUCCAAGGGGUGGAGAAAUGCCCUUUGGCCCUGACCAGCGAUCCAACUCCGGCCCCAACGGUGGAAACAACCAUGGCCGUUUGAGCCACAUGCCUCCACAUUCGCAAAAUCAGCCCCCUAACCAGGGCCAAGGUACUGGACCCAACUCUAUGCCCAACCAGAGGGGUAUGGGGCGCAAGCCUGCUGAGCUCAGCAUCCAGGCCGGACAAGGGGUACACUCCCCAGGGGUCAACCCCCUAAAGUCCCCCACCAUGAGGCAAGUCCAUUCUCCCAUGCUUGGCUCUCCGUCAGGAGCACUCAAAUCACCGCAGACCCCUUCCCAGCUGGCCGGUAUACUCUCAGGACCAUCGGCUUCGGCUGUAGCGGCAGCAGCAUCCAUCAAGUCUCCCACCAUGAUGGGGUCUGCAGGGGCGUCUCCUGUUCAUAUGAAGUCUCCUUCGCUUCCAGUCCCAUCUCCAGGGUGGACGUCCUCACCGAAACCUCCCAUGCAGAGCCCAGGGAUCCCCCAGAACAACAAGCCUCCCCUGAGUAUGACCUCGCCCAACAUGAUGAGCAAUGUAGACCAAGGUGGGAAUGGCCCGUCUUCAGCUCCUCCCAGCUCAACAGCGAGUGGCCCGGGUGGGAUGUCCCUUCCAGGAAGUCUUCCGUCCAACAGUCCCUACGGCAUUCCCCCAGAGCCAACACUCCCCCAGAAUCCUCUGUCCAUCAUGAUGUCACGCAUGUCCAAGUUUGCCAUGCCCAGCUCCACCCCGCUCUACCACGACGCCAUUAAGACUGUGGCCAGCUCUGAUGAUGAUUCACCACCUGCCCGGUCGCCCAACCUGCCUUCACUCAACCACAUGCCAGGAAUGGGUCCAAACCACCACCAAGGACACCCACGCAUGAUGGUACCCAGUUCUGUCGGCCACAUGCCUGCUCUCAGCCCCAUGGGUAUGAACACUAUGGGCUCCCAGCCCCUCUCCCACGGCAUGCCCAACCAAAUGCCCUCACCAAACCCCAUGGGUCCCAACAUGGGCCCCCACCCUGGUGGCAUGGGUCCCGGCGGCAUGAUGCCUCAUGGGAUGAUGAUGCAGCCUGGAGGCCCUGAACCUGGCAUGGUCAACAACCAGAUGGUACAAGGGAGGAUGGGCUUCCCACAGCGAGGGCAGGGUUUCCCGCCUGGGCAGUCACCACCUCACCAGGGCCCUUUUUCACAUAACGGCCCUGGGCCUCAGGGGCCCUUCCCCCAUGGCAUGGGCUUCCAAGGUGAGGGGCCCGGUGGUGGACCUAUGGGCCGGAUGGGUGGGAACAUGCCUCAUGGUCCCGGGGGCGACCCAGGGAUGUGUAAGCCAAACCCACACGGAGGACCUGAGAACUUCGGCGGCAUGCCUGGGGUGUUCAACGACGCUGACCUGCAUGAAGUCAUCCGUCCUGGGGCCACUGGCAUCCCAGAGUUUGACCUGUCCCGCAUCAUCCCCUCGGAAAAACCCAGCCAGACUCUGUCCUACUUCCCUCGUGGGGGUGGUGGAGGAGGUGGGGAAGGUCCCGGUAAAGCUCCGCACCCCUCUGGCCCUCAGGUCUUCCAGCAGAUGCAAGGGAUGAUGGGCGAGGGUAACCCCAGGAUGGGUCUCCCGAUGCAGGGCAUGGGUGGCCCACCGGGUCCCGGUCACAUGGGGCCCCAGGACAUGGGCAUGGGCAACCCUGGACACAACCCUAUGCGGCCGCCCGGCUUCAUGAAUCAGGGCAUGAUGGGACCUCAGCAUCGCAUGAUGUCGCCAGGACAACCGGGAAUGCCCGGGCAGCCGGGGAUGAUGGGAGGGCCGGGGAUGAUGCCAGGGAAAGAGAGGGGGCCCAUGUACAGCCACCCAGGCCCCGUGGGGUCCCCGAACAUGAUGAUGUCUUUACAUGGCAUGGGCGGCCCCCAGCAGACUAUGAUGAUGUCUCCACAGAUGCGGCCCCGAGGCAUGGGGUCAGAUAUGGGCAUGGGCUUCAACCCUGGUCCAGGGAUGUUCUGACCAGACCUGGCCUAACUAACUGAACAGUGCUUAGGGGGAGAAUAUGAACAGUUGGGGUGUUUAAAAUAAAAAUCCACCACAAUUAAACAUCCGUUUGGCUGUCACAGUGGAAUCAGCACAGUGAAAAUGGAGGUACCCACAAUGCAACUGCUGCCAUGAGAAGUGGGGCAGAGCAUUGAUUCUUGGACGUGGAAGUGAGCGUUUUGUGUGCUCAUAGUGAUGGCUAAGUUUGCCAUCAGUGCCAUGAGAGAAUACAGGAAGCAAAAUAGUUUUUUUUCUUUCUUUUUUGGUUGUUGUUUGUCUUUAUUACUUUUUGUUCAUGGAAACUUCAGAAUGUACAGGACUAGCGUUCACUAGCGCAAAACUGCUUAGGUUUUUGUAAAAUGUUUUGUCCGGACUUGGAACAUUAACUUUGGCGUAAAAAACUGACAAGAAUUUAAGUCAUCAAAUAAAGAAUCAGGAGGUAGAGAUUGAAGAUGAAACUUUUUCAAAUAAUAAGUAAAAAACAACAAACAAACAAAAAAAACAGAAAAAAAAACAAAACAAGCUCUCCUUACAAGGAUUUUUUUUUAUCGUAAAAGUUGAAUACGUAAGAAAAAUACCAACCAAGACACCACCAAUCAAGACUUGAAAGGAACUUCAUUUUGUCAGCAUUUUUUGUUUACAUCUCGCUGAUCGGAGAUGGCAUUUGUUGCUUUGUGUGUGAGUGCAUGUGUGUGUGCGUGUGUGUGGGUGUGUGCCGUCCUCAUGUUUAAGGGAUUUCACCAGAGACUCUUCCUCCAGGUCCUGGGCUCCACGGUGACAUAAGAGGGAGGUCCUGAGCUUAUCGCCAGGCCUGGGCACUCCAUAUGUUUACCUGGGGUUGGCUCAGGCCAUUUUAAUUUUAUUUGUAUUAUUGUUGUGUUUUUUUAUUUCCUUUGUAUCUUCAGUGUAUAAGAAAUCGACCUAUGACCUCAUACAGAUAAUAGUAUUAUUAAAAAAAAGCACAAACAUGGAUUAACCAUAAA